GUGAUAUGUACCCCGCCUCUUCCCUUUCUGCGACUUGUUUUCAGGGUCCGCAGGACAUGGCAAGCAGAAGCUGACGGUGGAAAACUGGGGGAAAUCGUUACAGAAAGUUGGAAGUAACGCGUGGGUAACUUUAGAAAAGUAGCCGAAAGACACCGCGCUUUGAAAGACAUCUGAUGGACCGAGUUUCAUUUGGUUGAAGAACAAGUCCUGUUGGACAGCAGUCCCGGUCUGCUGACAACACCCCCCUUCCUCCAUCGGUGGUUGUGACCUGACAACGGACCACUUGCUGCAGGGUCCUUCCUGAGCAGCAGCAGCUGCGUCCUGCUUGCUGACUCUUCUCCCUCCCCUGCUUCCUGUGCUUGGUCAGACAAGGCCAGAGCUUCCACUCUUCUCUCAUCCCAACGCUGAGUUAGUUAUUCUCAUUAAACAUACACUGGCAGAGACUAUUGAAAGUUAUCAAGGACGGCCUUGAAGACCUCUUGAUCCCUAAGCAGUCGGCAGUCUCCGCAGACUUCCCACCUGUUAACUUCACUGGUCUCCAGCAUGACUUCCAUGUCCAGUCUAUUUUCCUUCACAAGUCCGGCAGUCAAGCGCCUGCUUGGCUGGAAGCAGGGAGAUGAAGAGGAGAAAUGGGCAGAAAAGGCAGUUGAUGCUCUUGUGAAGAAGUUGAAGAAGAAGAAGGGGGCAAUGGAGGACCUGGAGAAAGCCCUUAGCUGCCCUGGGCAACCCAGCAAAUGUGUCACCAUUCCAAGAUCACUGGACGGCCGGCUACAGGUUUCCCACCGCAAAGGUCUGCCACAUGUAAUCUACUGCCGGGUGUGGCGGUGGCCAGACUUACAGUCCCACCAUGAGCUCAAACCCCUGGAGGUGUGCGAGUAUCCAUUUGGCUCCAAACAGAAGGAGGUCUGCAUUAACCCGUAUCACUACAAACGAGUGGAGAGUCCUGUGCUCCCCCCCGUCUUGGUACCACGACACAGCGAGUUCAACCCGCAGCACAGCUUGCUGGUACAGUUCCGCAACCUGACCCACAACGAGCCGCACAUGCCCCUGAACGCUACCUUUCCCGAGUCCUUCCAGCAACCACACAGCGGGGGCAGCAGCACUGGCGGAGGUGGUGGCGGAGGAGGGUCUUUUCCCAUUUCGCCCAACUCUCCUUAUCCUCCUUCUCCAGCCAGCAGUGGUACUUACCCCAACUCUCCUGCCAGUUCGGGGCCCUCCAGUCCAUUCCAGCUCCCAGCUGACACCCCACCCCCAGCAUACAUGCCUCCUGAUGAGCAGCUGGGCCAGGAGAGCCAGUCCAUGGAGACGAGCAGCAGCCUAGUGCCACAGAAUAUGGCCAGAGGAGAUGUGCAGCCAGUGGAGUAUGAGGAGCCAAGCCACUGGUGCUCCAUUGUCUACUAUGAACUCAACAAUCGUGUAGGCGAGGCUUACCACGCCUCAUCAACCAGCGUAUUAGUGGACGGCUUCACCGAUCCUUCAAACAACAAGAACCGCUUCUGCCUCGGCCUGUUGUCCAACGUCAAUCGCAACUCCACAAUCGAGAACACCCGUCGGCACAUCGGCAAAGGCGUUCACCUGUACUACGUGGGAGGGGAGGUGUAUGCUGAGUGUCUCAGUGACACCAGCAUUUUUGUCCAGAGCCGUAACUGCAACUACCACCAUGGCUUCCAUCCUACCACGGUCUGCAAGAUCCCCAGUGGCUGCAGCCUGAAGAUCUUCAACAACCAGGAGUUUGCACAACUUCUGGCUCAGUCCGUCAACCACGGCUUUGAGGCCGUUUAUGAGCUUACUAAAAUGUGCACCAUCCGCAUGAGCUUUGUCAAGGGCUGGGGAGCGGAGUACCACAGACAGGAUGUCACCAGCACCCCCUGUUGGAUCGAAGUGCACCUGCAUGGGCCGCUCCAGUGGUUGGACAAGGUCCUGACUCAGAUGGGUUCUCCCCUUAACCCAAUCUCCUCCGUGUCCUAAUAGUGGAUUUGAUUUUUGUUGUCUUUAUUUUUCACCUUUUUUUUCCCUCCAUCAGUGAUUUAAUUUAAUGCGGUCUUAAUGGCUGAACUGUUUACACCUACUUUGGGAAGGGCUUGUUGGACUAGAACGGCAGCAGCAGCCACAAUCAGUUGUUGAAAUGUUCAUGUCACAGGGAGAAAGAGAAGAAAUUCCCAAGUGGACUUCUUGACAGCGCUACAAAGUGCAUCCUUUGGGGCGUUGUUGAGCUUCGAUAAAUCCAAUUUUAACCCAUCACAUCAAAAUGAUUUUUUAUUUCUCAAUUUUUAGUUUUGAAUUGAGAUGAAUGGUUUCAUUACCUUGCCUUAUUUUUGACAAUUCUGAAUUUAUGGAACAAUUUUCUUAUAUUGUUGUCUCAGAUAUUUACAUGUGGAGACAGAGGCUCCGAUAUCACACAUGCUUUCUUUUAUAGUCUCUAAUUGUAGAAAUGAAGACUGGGCUCUACUGCCUUUCUGAGAAAGUUUGCUAACGUGAUAGUCUUUGUGCUGGGAGAUGGAUCACCGAACACGUUAUUCAUGCCAUAAGCUAACACAUAGUGAAUGUUACAUCUGUUGCAAUACAACUAGUCAUGCAAGAUCAGUUUUUACUUCUUCGUUGUUUCAUGCUCCAUCAACUGGCAUUGUCCACACACUAUUAACAAUAUUGUGCACUCGUGGUUUAUGUGGAGGCAUGUAUUAAAUGUUGCCGUGGGUUACAACAUGUUGACGAAUGACUUCAUUAGCUCCAUUAAAUAAACUGGUUAUUUGGU